AACGCACAACAACAACAGCGAAUCGACCGUUUUCAGAUUGGAUGGCCAACUCAGCAAGUCAGAUCAGACCCAACUUGAGCAGUGGAUAGGUCAAGGGCCCAAAAUGUUUACCCUUUUGUACAGCGCGAAAAAAGAUGGUUGUUCUGUGGAAAAAUUCCACGAGAAAUGUGAUUAUCAAGGUGCCACACUAACGGUUGUUUACAAUAGAUGUAAUUCUGUAUUUGGUGGAUAUGCAACCACCAGUUGGGCAGGUGAAAUUAACGGAUAUAUAAGGGAUGACAAGGCAUUUUUGUUUCAACUCAAAUACUCCGGAAAGGAAACCUUUAGAAAGUUUCACAACACAAGCACGACUGAAGGCAUCUUUUCGAAUUCAUUUUAUGGCCCAGUAUUCGGUGGGAAAUGCGGUCAUGAUAUGAGUCUUUUUAGUGGAACUAUACAUGCCAGCAAAGGUAAUUUCCUGCUCAACGGCGCAUUCGACGUGAACAGGACCUACAGCUUUUCAGGUGUAUCAAGCUGGCAACAAGUACACAAUGGAGAUUUGCAUGCUACCGAUAUUGAAGUGUACAGUGUAGCAAUUAAACCGUCGAUACAAGAACCCAUACAUCAUAUAUGGAGGAACGUACCUGAGUGGAAUAAGAAGCUUGUACAGGAGCUUAUCCAGGAGGUUCAGUCUAUUAAACCGAAUCCUCGUCUGAAGAUUCAAGAUUAUCGCAUCGUCCUGAUUGGCCCAGUAGGUUCCGGGAAAUCCAGUUUCUGCAAUACUGUCAAUUCGAUGUUCAGAGGACGAAUCACACAGAGGGCAAUAUGUGGUGAUGGAACACAUAGCAUCACAACUUCGUACACACCAUAUUUAAUAAAAUGCAAUCAACAAGAAUCAACGCUCCGUUUGCGACUGUGUGACACGAGAGGCCUGGGGCCUGAAUUGGGUCUUGACGUGAUGGAGUUCACCUACUUGUUGAAUGGUCAUAUACCAGAGAACUACAAGUUCAAUGCAGAGAGACCGAUUGUUUUUGACGAUCCUGCUUUUGUGACGAAACCAGGAUUACAAGACAGGAUCCAUUGUGUGGUGUUUGUUGUUGAUGCAUCAAAGCUACAAAAGCUUGACCCUAAAGUCAUGGACAAAAUCAAAAUAAUUCGGACUUCAGCCACGAAGAUUGAAAUACCACAGGCACUCCUCCUGACAAAAAUCGACAUCGAAGACAAAGAAGUAGCUAACAGAUUAGAGACGGUAUUCUCGAGCUCUGCUAUUGAGACAAAAGUACAGCAAGCCUCUGAUAUUUUCAGAUUUCCUAAGAACCACGUUUUCUCGGUGAAGAAUUACGAAAAUGAGAUGAUGCUUGAGGACGGGGUGAACAUUUUGGCUUUAUUGGCUUUGAGACAGAUCCUGCUAUUUGCCAGAGCGACUCUGGUCCCUGGCCGUCUUUACCUUAUAUGGUAAUCAUAACCAUAUAUGUCACAACACAAACAUCUAUAAAUAAACGUUAUGAAUGAGUGUAAUAUGACCAUAUAUGAAGAAAGCGUAAUCAAAUAACGUGCGAGGGGUACCGAAUGGAGAAACAAGAAAAAACAUCGUUGGAAUAAUCUCCCCUUUUGAUUGCACACGAGCUUUCAAACGGUUGAGAUCCGGUGCCCAAGACAGGAGAAAAGUGAACCGUAUUGCUGGGGACUCCAAUGCUCAUCGGAUUAAGGAUAUUCUUCCUGACGAUAUAGCUGUCAAAUGCCUGCCAAUCUCUGAUGAGAAUAUGUAAUGACAAUGGUAUAGAACAGUAAUUACAGUUUCAGGUUUGUUUCUAUUAAUGGUAUCACAUGUACACAUUUUUCUAAACGUUAAAACAAA